AUGCGCUACGAUGCCCAACUGCAGCCCAUGCAGCUCCACCAGGGAUGUAAGUGACAGAUGAGCGACGCGGGAAGAGCAGGUUGCUCCACACGGCCGUGACGUGAUGGAACAGCCGCUGGACGUGCGAGUCCAAUAAAAGGCAAGCAGGAGAAUGAAGGCUCACCACCAACGUAAAGGAACACUUGAUGAAGAGGAGGCAAACUGGAUAACAUUUCAUGCAUCUCAGCAUCAGGAGAAACGGGAGCCGGACUUUUUCGGUGAUAUAUGGGAAAGGAGCUGGCUGGACGGCAAGGGGUGACAUUGAUACUUCUGUUGGACUUGUUGGGCAUCAUCACUGCACAUAUCAGCAACAAUAAGCAACACAAAUAACAAAGGUCUUAACAGGCGUAUCUCCUGUGGCCAAACGUGGCCCUGCCUCAUUUGAAAGCUCCAGGUCCCAUCGCCUUCCAGCAUGACGGUUGCGACCAGCGACCCGACAGACGAAGCGGCAGCACAUCCGGGUCAGCCUCAUGACCACUAUGGCCCAGACCCAGAUCAUGAGUGCUGCGAGAGGGUCGUCAUCAACAUCUCAGGCUUACGCUUUGAGACGCAACUUAGGACCCUGUCCCAGUUUCCGGAGACGCUACUCGGCGACCCCAAGAAAAGGAUGAGAUACUUCGACCCUCUUCGGAAUGAGUAUUUUUUCGACCGCAAUCGACCAAGUUUUGAUGCCAUUCUUUAUUAUUACCAAUCGGGAGGGAGGCUGCGCCGGCCUGUUAAUGUCACUCUUGAUAUUUUUUCUGAAGAGAUUCGCUUCUAUGAGCUGGGAGAGGAAGCUAUGGAAAUAUUUAGGGAGGAUGAAGGUUUCAUAAAGGAAGAGGAGCGCCCAUUGCCAGAAAAUGAGUUCCAGAGACAGGUGUGGCUGCUCUUUGAGUACCCAGAGAGCUCAGGUCCAGCUCGAAUCAUUGCCAUCAUCUCCGUCAUGGUGAUUCUUAUCUCGAUUGUUAGCUUCUGUCUGGAGACACUGCCAAUUUUCCGGAACGAAGACGAGGAGAUGUACAACUCUCCCUUCCAAACCCUUUCCAAUGUCACAAUGACGUAUUACCCAUCAUCAUAUUUUACUGACCCUUUCUUCAUUGUGGAGACCCUUUGUAUCAUCUGGUUCUCAUUUGAGUUCUUAGUCAGGUUUUUUGCAUGUCCCAGUAAAGCUGGAUUUUUUGGGAACAUCAUGAACAUCAUUGAUAUCGUAGCAAUCAUUCCCUACUUCAUCACUCUUGGCACAGAGUUAGCAGAGAGGCCAGAGGAUAGAGAGACGGGACAGCAAGCUAUGUCCUUAGCUAUUCUCCGUGUCAUUCGGCUUGUAAGAGUGUUUCGUAUCUUCAAACUCUCCCGCCACUCCAAGGGACUUCAGAUCUUGGGGCAGACUCUGAAGGCCAGUAUGCGUGAGCUCGGACUGCUCAUUUUUUUUCUAUUCAUCGGCGUUAUUCUCUUCUCCAGUGCUGUUUACUUUGCCGAAGCAGACGAGCCAGAAUCCCAGUUCAGCAGCAUUCCAGAAGCCUUUUGGUGGGCAGUGGUUUCCAUGACAACUGUGGGCUACGGCGACAUGGUCCCGACAACCAUCGGCGGAAAGAUUGUGGGGUCUCUUUGCGCUAUUGCCGGUGUGUUGACCAUUGCGCUGCCGGUACCAGUAAUCGUGUCCAACUUCAACUACUUCUACCACAGAGAGACUGAGGGUGAAGAACAGGCGCAGUAUCUAAAUAUCCCUAGUGUGCCUAAGGCCAGCUCAACUGAUGACCUAAAGAAGAGUGGCCGCAGUGGCAGCGGGUCAACUCUCAGCAAGUCGGAUUAUGUGGAGAUUCAAGAGGCUGCCAACCACAGUACUGAGGACUUCAGACCAGAGGGCAUGAAAACAGGAAACUGCACCGUAGCCAACACCAACUAUGUAAACAUCACUAAGAUGCGUACGGAUGUAUAAUGUGAGCUAUUUUGAAGAUUGUUUUCAUCUAUCAUCUGCAGACACUUGCACAGAAAAAUGAAAGAGUGGUCUGGUAUUUCAGGUCCAGUGUGGGAGUCUAGAGCAGAUGAUUUGAUGUAAAAGUCAACCGAAGACCGGAUGUUUGCUCACAUCCGAAGGAACUUGAGCACAUGACAGAACUACAACCUGUCAUUUUUGGGACAUCCUUGACUUCUGCAUGGAGUUAGUCUUACUUAUUAUGACAGUAGUUGCCCAGCUCACAAACGUAGCCAAAUACUAGCCUAAGAAGUAAUAAUAAUCAACAGUCUCACGGGACCACCUGUUGCUCCAUCAUAUUACAAACUGUGGCCAGAAGACAAUGCACAAUACGAUCAGCAUACUGUUGUCAAGGUUUAAGAUUAAAUCAUACCAUAGUUUCAGCAAAAUACGUUACUCCAACUGCCAAGGUCUUAGCCAUACUUUCAAGAACAGCAACAGAGGAUGGAUGCUAAUACCCAUCUGGCCUGAUGGUCAUUUAAGGCUCCCUCAAUAGGCUCCUUAAGGACCUAAGUGCACAAGCAUUCUUUGCUCAUUAUUAUCUGUACCAGUGGCCUCUGUAGAGACCAAUAUAUGGACCACGGGGAAGUGCUGUGUGUGUGGACCACAACAGUGCUUGUUUUUUUAUUUAUUUCCUCAAUGAAGCAUUAGUGGAUAUACAAGAGUGAAUCUCUCAUUUAUACAUCACAUGUUAAUUUAGUAGUCGCCUGAUUGUGUGUUAAGAUAAACACAUCAAGAAUCUAGGUGGUGUUCUACGUUAGUGCCUAUUUGUAUGUAAAAAAAUAUUUUUAGUUCUACCUGUAAGUGUCUCUUUAACUGCCACCAAGCCCAACUGUAACAGGAAAACUAUGUAGUUUGACGCCACUGCCCAGUAUAAACAACAUUGUCCUUUACUUCAUAGCAUUCCAUAAUUGUAGGAACAGUCGUAUGAAUAAGCCACAAAAGAUGUAGUGAUAUUACAUAAUUUGUACUAACACUUAUAACAGCAAGGGUAAAUAAUUGCUUAAAGGUACAGCUAAUUAAGGCUUAUAGUGUAUUAACCCAACAAGCCCAAAAAAGCAUCACAAAAUAUAAGAAUAGAAAAGAGAUAGCAGCUUUGUCAUAGUACGCUUUGGCAUUUAGUACAACAAACAAUUCAUAUUUUUAUUAGCUUGCUGUUACAUGAGAAAGCAUAAUAACAACAAACCAAAGAAAAACAUAGUUCCAUUUGGAUUGGCAUCAUGAGAAGGUAAAAAUAUAUAUGCUUCGCAUUUAUACAAUCAUUCAACUGGUACUCAGAUCUAUAGGUUAUAUUCUUCAUCAGCAUUUAUUAAACCUAUGCUAUUCUGCUCUUGUAGUGCUGCAUGUCUUUGAAAGUAACCAUUGUAGCAUGCAUUAGUAUGAAUAAUACUAGCAAGAUGACUCAAAUAUUGUAUACUCCAUUGUGUGUAUAUAUAGGCAUUAUACAGUAUACAGUACAUGGAAGACAUGGGUGUUUCAUAAUGAUAUGUGACGCUUGUGCACAUGCACCUUUGUAUUCGAUUGAUAUUUAGAUAUAUAUAGCUUCAUACCAUGUAAAAGUGACAAUUUUGCCAGUUCAGGAAGACAAAUAGUCACUUGACCAUGAGAUAACCAGAAACAAUACCCAACUCCUUAUAAAAGAAACAUGUGAGUUGAUUAGGCUCCUGCAGCUGUCAAGAUGAAUGGUUAGUGAGUCUCUGAGUACCUAUUUUGUCAAUUACAUCUUUUUUGUUUUGCCAACUGUACCUUAAUCGACUACGAGUGUCCAUAACUCAAAUUAAACUGUAUCUUGCUCAGUGCGUAUGCACGUGUAAUAGUGAGCGCUUAGCGUAUUCUAAUCCUGUCUGAGCACAUAGUUUAUACUGUUUGAGUGUGUAUUCACAUUCAGAUGUAUACAAAGCACAAUACAGUGAGGGGAUGAUAAGAUCAGAUCUGUUGUACAUGCAUGUGCUAAAAGCUCAUCUGUGUUGUAGAAUGAGGCCAGGAAUUGAACCACUGAAAAGUUAGAUAAACACUGCGUAAACACUUUCUGUGUUUUUUUCCUGUUUUCUUUGGGAACCUGUGUGUCAUUACAGUAUGUGGCCUGCAGACUAUGUCUGGACUGCCUUGUAUCACAUUUAUUUGAGCAUGGUAUUCGAGCAAUUCAUGUGACAGCGCAGUUUGGAUGGAGAACAUCACCAUAGGAUACACAAAACAACACCAUGAAUGAUAACAUGCACAUGUAGACACACACUACCUACAAGCGCACACUCAUAACAUCUGCUGUCAUAUUUGACAAUUAUUAAGUCAAUCUUGCACAUCAACACACAUGCAAUAGCCAAGUAUAUAUAUAUAUAAAUAUAUAUAUAUAUAUAUAGUGCAUCCGGAAAGUAUUCACAGUGCUUACCUUUUUCCACGAUUUGUUAUGUUACAGCCUUAUUCCUACAUGGAAUACAUUCAUUUGGGCCCUUAAAACUCUACAGACAAUACCCCAUAAUGACAAUGUGAAAUGUUUUAUUUUUAUUUUUUAUUGUUAGAAAAUAAUUGCCAAAUUAUUAAAUAUUAAAACACCUAGAAAAAAAAACCAUUUACAUAAGUAUUCACAGUCUUUGCUCAAUACUUUGUUGAUGCACCUUUGGCAGCAAUUACAGCCUUUAGUCGUUUUGAAUACGAAGCCACAAGCUUGGCACACCUAUCUUCGGGCAGUUUCGGCCAUUCCUCCUUGCCCAUUCCUCUUUGCAGCACCUUUCAAGCGCCAUCAGAUUGGAUAAGAAAGUGAAGGUUUUCCUCCAGUAUAUCUCUUUGCAUUGUUGCAUUCAUUUUUAUCUCUAUCCUGACUAGUCUCCCAGUUCCUGCUACUGAAAAACAUCUCCACAGCAUGAUGCUGCCACUACCAUGCUUCACUGUAAGGAUGGUAUUGGCCUGGUGAUAAGCGUUUCCUGGUUUCCUCCAAACAUGAUGCCUGGCAUUUACACCAAAGAAUUUUGUUCUCAUAGUCUGACAGUUUUUCUGGUGCAUUUGGCAAACUUUUCACUAAGAAAUGGCUUCUGUCUGGCCACUAUACAAAACAGGCCCGAUUGGUGGAUUGCAGCAGAGAUGGUUGUCCUUCUGGAAGGUUCUCCUCUCUUCACAGAGAAAUGCCGUAGCUCUAAGUGACCAUCAAUUUCUUGGCCACAUCCCUGACCAGACUAAAAUGAAUGCAGUAAUGUACAAAGACACUUUUAAUCCAAUCUGAUGGAGCUUGAGAAGUGAGAACCCAUCAUUCAUUCACACAUGGUGGUGGUAAGCUACUUUCGUAGCUACAGCUGCCCUGGGGUAGACUGACGGAAGCGUGGCUGCCAGUUUGCGCCUACGGCCCCUCCGACCACCACCUAUCAUUCAUCAUUCAUUCACCAGUGUGAGCGGCACUGGGGGCAAGGGUGAAGUGUCCUGCCCACUAUGCCAUGCUGCCACUAUUGAGCAAAGGCUGUGAAUAAUAAAAUGUGUUUGUCUUUAUUUAUUUUUUUAAAUAAAUAUAAUGUUUUAAAAAAGACUCACAUUGUCAUUCUGAGGUAUUGUCUGUAGAAUUUUUUGAACAAAAAUGAUUUUACUCCAUUUUGGAAUAAGGCUGUAACAUAACAACAUGUGGAACAAGUGAAGCACUGUGAUAACUUUCCGGAUGCACUGAACAUAGAGCAUCUUCCGAGAACUUAAGUUUUGUAUUAAUAUUAGACUAGAAUUAUUAAUAUUUUAUUUUAUAUUAGACGCUUAAGUGGCAGGGAAUCAAUGAAUGUGCUUGCACAACUUAUCUCGAGUUUUACAUGUACUGUAGGUCUUGAAUUGUAUAUGUGAAAUUGUCCAUUGCCAAUGACUUCCAAUGAUUAAAAACAAACGUAAUGUCUAUAGAAAAUAUUUGGUAUGUCAAAAUUAAUUGUAAAUUGGAAAUCGAAUAU